AUGCACUCCAUCAUGCUACUGAAGGCUGCGGGUCCACUGCAAACGGAGUGCCUCCCCGGUCAACCGUUCAAAAAGAUGCUGAACAAGGAGCUCAGCCAAGUGUAUGAUGGAGACAAGAUUAGCUCCCAAAUCUCUGAGUACAUAUGCUCCACUUUUCUGGAUCAAGACGAACAGACCACCGACAAUCAGCUACCAGGUAUUAGUGGCAAUGGUGGUGGUGGUGCCAAUGAGGAGGGAGGCAACGAAGGUGCUGCUGCGUCUUCCGCUUUAGUGGCGGCCGUGGCAGCAGCGGCUUCCGCUGCAGCAGCAGCUGCUGCCUCUAAGGCUACAGAUACCGUCAAAAGUGGCGGUGUUGGCGUUGUCGAUGUUGGUGUUGGCAUCACAGAACAGAAGACAAUCACUGCUGGAAGUAGCACAGACUUCCGAAAAAUGCAACAUGAAGGACAACAGGGACCGUCUAUGGGAUCAUCAGUGAUUGUUCGACUGGAUCGAAGUACAGCACAGAAGUUGGCUGCCGCCGCUGCAGCUUCCGAGACUGUGCAUGGCUGUAAGGCCCUACGCAGCCAUCAAGACUGUGGCCUUGGACCACCAGAUCGCAUCAUCAUCAUCAUCACCACAAUCGUCAUCAUCAUCGUUGCCGCAACCAUCACCGCCACCGCCACCGCAAUCGUCAUCAUAAUUACGGACUGA